AUGCAAAACUCGGAUGCAUCGAGCAUCUCGAAUAGCGCGCGCUUUGGACCCUCGAAAUACAAUUUGCACGGCGAAACAGGCUUUUCUCACGGCGCAUACAGUUCCAAUAACAACCCGCAAGCAUUCUCGAACCGCUCCCGCCGCGCCAAUAUUCCGGCGAUAAAUACCGCCGCUACAGGCCAAACCGCUGACAUGGCCGCCGGGGCUGGGUUCGAUAUGAACUUCACCCCCCUCCUCCCGUCACAACUGUUGGUUGGCAGUCCCUUCCAGCCCGGCACCCCGUCUGCGUUUGCGUCCCCACAAUUCGCCAGUUUUGGCGGCUUUUCACCAGUCAAUGGUAACGGACAUGCGCAGAACUCGCAAAACCAGCUUGGAAGUCCCACCCAGGGCAUGCAGGGUUUACACAACUCGGGGAUGUACCCGGGCAUGAUCUCUACCGAUGGACUAGGUGCGUCCCAGCUGAUGGGCCCGCAAUCUCCCAUUAAUGGCCUGGGUGGUUUGAAUGGUGCUGCGUUAGGCAGCCCAGCUGCGUCAGUCUCCCCAGGGAUGUUGUCGGGAACCAGUCGUACGGUGUACCUAGGAAACAUCCCCGCUGAAACAAGCGCCGAGGAAAUCCUGAACCACGUGCGGAGCGGGCAGAUCGAGUCUGUGCGCCUACUGCCAGACAAGAACUGUGCCUUUAUCUCAUUUUUGGACAGCAGCUCCGCAACUCACUUCCAUUCAGAUGCUAUUUUGAAGAAGCUGGCAAUCAAGGGAAAUGACAUCAAAGUUGGCUGGGGUAAACCGUCUCAGGUCCCGACGUCCGUUGCUUUGGCAGUUCAACAAUCUGGUGCCUCUCGCAAUGUUUACCUUGGAAAUAUUGCGGAGGAAACCUCGGAGGACGAUCUGCGUGAGGAAUUGGGUAAAUUUGGCCCCAUUGAUACGGUGAAGAUUGUCAAGGAGAAGGCAAUUGGAUUUGUGCACUUCUUGUCCAUCAGCAAUGCUAUGAAGGCCGUCACCCAGCUUCCUCAGGAGCCGCAGUGGCAGGCACCGAAGCGUGUGUUCUACGGCAAGGACCGCUGCGCUUACGUCUCUAAGACACAGCAGCAGAACGCGGCCCAAUUCCUUGGAAUCGCCCCAGGAUAUGCGCAUGUUUUGAACUCGGCGGAUCGGGAUUUGAUCUCGAAUGCGCUGGCCCAGCAAUCAGUCGCUGCGGCGGCUGUGGCCACUACAGCCGGAGGAGUCAACAACCUCGGCAACAGGACUAUUUACCUUGGAAAUAUUCACCCCGAGACUACUAUUGAAGAGAUCUGCAAUGUGGUGCGAGGUGGUCUGCUGCACCAUGUGCGCUACAUCCCGGACAAGCAUAUUUGUUUCGUGACUUUUAUCGACCCCACCUCGGCCGCCUCCUUCUAUGCCCUGAGCAACCUGCAGGGAUUGAUGAUUCACAACCGUCGAUUGAAGAUUGGCUGGGGUAAGCACUCUGGGCCUCUUCCUCCCGCUAUCGCCUUGGCUGUCAGCGGCGGCGCAUCACGAAACGUCUAUAUUGGAAACUUAGACGAGGCUUGGACAGAGGAGCGCCUUCGCCAGGAUUUUUCGGAGUAUGGUGAGAUUGAAUUGGUCAACACGCUGCGCGAGAAGAGCUGCGCCUUUGUGAACUUCACCAACAUUGCCAAUGCGAUCAAAGCAAUUGAAGGAAUGCGCAACCGAGAGGAGUACCGCCGAUUUAAGAUUAAUUUCGGAAAAGAUCGUUGCGGAAACCCUCCACGCCAGGCCGGUAAUCACGGCAAUGGCUCACAACAGAAUCGCAAUGGGAACGGCCUUGAGGGGCCCCAGUCUCCCUCUCCUGCCUUGAACGGCUUCCAGCAGAACCUGAGCCAGUCUGGCUCUCAGUCCAGCCCGACUCGCCCUGCAAUCUCACCCGCACCGGGCUCUACUGGCUCUCAGAAUGGCCAGCAGCACCGCCAUCCUAUGCAUGCCGUGUCAUCCCCUCAAGGAGUUCUCAAUAUGUCUGCUCAGCAAGCACAGGAGCAAGAGGGUCACUUGGGAGAUUCCCUGUCCCUGGGUGGCUUGCAAGGACAAUCCCAGGCACCACCGCAGCACUCCCUCUACAACGGGGGCAGCAGCGAUCUUGCCAGUGGAAACAUCGAUGCGCCGCUGCACCAGCACCAGCACAAGCCCUCUACCAAUACUUAUUUGAGCGUCGGAGGCUCCGGCCACGGCCACCAUGCAACCGCUAGCACCAGCAAUUUGAGUGUUCCCCGUGCAUCACACUCCCGAGCCGUGAGCUUGCCGUCCUUCUCCCAGGAGCCCUUUGGGCCAGUAUCUGGACAACCUGGGCAUAUCCGCACUGGGGCUUCCCACCAGCCCCAGGCUAGCUUCUCCAGCUUUUCAUCGGCUUUGGGUGGGUUGAACCACCCUGGCUUUGGACUUGCCAUCCAAAACGAAAGCUCCCUGCCCGGCUGGGCUGAGGAGGAAAUUGGUGCCAAAUAA